AAUCCAAGGACACAUUCGUCAAUUUAAUAAUCCACAACCUACUGCGUUAGGUAUAUCCGUAUAUGGAUAAGCUUUCAAAAUACAAGAAUUCUCAUUAUUAAUUAAUUCCAUUCUGAAAUUAAUUAAAUAAUAAUAAUUCCCACCGCCGCGCCUUCACAAUUUCUUCCACACGCCUUUCCCCUGUUUCUGUCCCCCAUUUCCCCGACUCCUCUAUAUAUACCCUUCCCCCCUCAUUUCCUCUUCUCAAACCACAGAUAACAAUUCAAAUUCAAAUCAAAAAUCAAAUUAAAUUGUGGGGAUAACGUUCAUGAGCAAUGGUGGAUUUGGAUUGGAAAACUAAGAUGAUCGGCUCCGAGAUCUCCAACAAGUCGCCGAAAUUCUCCAACAAGCUCCAGAUUACGAUUCCACCGCUGAAGCUCCGCCUCGCUGAGCUGGCGGCGGCGUCGGACUCGUCGUGUUCGGCGUACGAACACUAUCUCCGCCUUCCGGAGCUGAGGAAGCUAUGGGAAGCUACCGAGUUUCCUGAAUGGAAGAGCGAGUCGGUUCUCAAACCGGCUUUUACCGGCCUCGAGAUUACCUUCCGGUUCAUCUCGACCGUUCUGUCCGACGCGAGGCCGUACGCCAACCGGCGGGAAUGGCGGCGGAGGCUCGAAGCUCUUGCGAUGAGCGAGAUCGAGAUCAUCGCGCAAUUAUGCGAGGACGACGAGGACGACGGCGAGACGCGAGCUACUAUUCCGAUCGUGGAUCUGUCAUCCUCCGCCGGCGCGCUAGCGCCGACGAACAGCUCGGCGGAGGUGUGGAAGAUGGCGGACGACACGGUGGUGGUGAGCCACGUCAGCGAGGAGAGCCUGCUGCCGCAGCUCGCCGCGUGGCACAAGUUCGAGGACGUGGCGCGGAAAAUCCAGUACGCGAUCGAGUGCCAGAUGCAGGGGUGCCCGUACACGCUCGGGUUGGGAGAACCGAACCUGAGCGGCAAGCCAAGCCUCAAUUACGACCUCAUCUGCAAGCCGACGGCGGUGCACGCGUUGAAGAGAUGCCCCAUCGACGACGUCGACUCGAAGAAUUUGGAGAACCGGACGCUCUACUCCACGCAUCAGGUUCUCGAGUCUUGGAUCCGAGUCGCCAAGCAGCUACUCGCGAGAAUCGGCGACGAGAUCGAUUCGCGGCGCUACGAGAGAGCGGCGAGUCAUUGCUGGUUGCUGGAGAAGGUGUGGGGGAUCAUCAAUCAGAUAGAAGAUCUGCACCUGUUGAUGGAUCCAGAUGAUUUCCUGCGGCUGAAAAAUCAGCUCAUGAUCAAAGCGACUUCCGAUUCGGAGCUCUUCUGCUUCAGAUCGCGCGACCUCGUCGAGAUCACGAAAUCGUCCAAGGAUCUAAAGCACACGGUGCCGACGGUUUUGGAGGUGGAGGUUGACCCGACCGGCGGUCCUAGGAUACAGAACGCCGCAAUGGAGCUGUACCGGAGAAAGGAGGAGUUCGCGAAAAUCCACCUGCUGCAGGCGAUGCAGGCGGUGGAGGCGGCGGUGAAGAGAUUUUACUUCUGUUACAAGCAGCUGCUGGCAGUGGUCGUGGGGAGCUUGGAGGCGAAGGCAAAUGUCGAAUCCGGCGAUCUGUUGAGCCAGAUAUUUCUAGAGCCGACCUACUUCCCGAGCUUAGACGCUGCAAAGACGUUUCUCGGGGAGCGGUGGAGCCAUGAGGCGGGAAGGUAUAGUCCCGAGCGGCGGCGGCGGAGUGCUUCGUGAAUCGUGACUCGGUGGUGAGUUCGGGCGAUGACUCGUCCUGUCGACAUACGCGCACGCACCUAUGUAUUAGUCAAACGCGAAGGAUCUAGGCCGUGGAUUUUACUACAGAAUUAUUAUUGGUUGCAAUCUUGUUAUCAUUUAUUUUUUCGUUUGUAAAAUUUUGACUCACAAUUUUGUUGAAUUAUUUCUAUAGUACACGUGUUAAAUGUAGUUUGUUCGCGUUUGUAUAUAGUAUGAAGAAUCAAUUAUUUUCUGAA